CAACGUAAUCCUAUGUACACAAUUUUCCCUCGUACUUCCAAGAAUCUUAGAAACUGCCAUAUCUAGGGGCUUGCUAAAGCCUCAUCAACCAAUCAGCCAAACCCACCCUUUCAAGAAAAUCUCUUGAAAGUUAAGAAAUUAGCAAGUACAAUGCAAACAAAGUCAUCCGACCUCUCGAAAGGAUCCGGGACACCGCAACUUCCGACGACUGGGUUCAGGCUAGACCCUGGCCAAAGCAUCCGGAUCCCAUCGGUUCCGGGAUGGUCCGGGAGGAUCUGGGCAAGGACCGGUUGCACAUUUGACGAGUUGGGUGCAGGGACAUGCCAAACCGGAGAUUGCGGGGGAAGGUUGCAGUGCGACGGUAGUGGCGCAGCACCUCCAGCUUCGCUAUUCGAGAUCACGCUUGGUUUAGGCAAUGACAAGGUUUAUGACGUAAGCAUAGUCGACGGCUAUAAUUUGCCCCUUCUUGCGGUGCCACAAGCAGUAUACGGCUCAUGUAAUGCCACAGGCUGCGCUUCAGAUAUAAACAUGGGUUGUCCGAAAGAGCUUCAGGUAGUUGGCGGCGACGGAGGAGACGGGGUAGUCGCAUGCAAGAGCGCGUGCGGGGCAUUCGGGCUAGAUGAGUAUUGCUGCAGCGGGCAAUUCGCUAACCCGACGACCUGUCGCCCCUCCUUCUAUUCAGGCAUCUUCAAGAGAGCUUGCCCGAGGGCCUAUAGCUACGCUUUUGAUGAUGGCACGAGUACCUUCACCUGCAAGGCUUAUAACUACGCGAUCACUUUCUGCCCCAAUUCCAAUGGGGUAAAGAGACCUGAUAGCGCGGCGACACCCCCAGCAGUAGAAAGCGCUAAAAGUGGCAAGACUGUGGCUAUGACUUCCAGCUCUAGCAUCCUCCUGCCAUUCGCAAUAUUGAUUUUCUUCCCAAUUCUCGUUCAACUUUAUCUGAAUCUACCUGAUCAGAGUAUAGUCUAGAUGAUCAUAGCAUAGCAUACCUGCCGAGAACUUUUAUAGCAGGGACAAUAACCGAAUUGGUGAACAAACCGAUUAUACACCAAAUAGUGGGAAGAGAGGUAAUAAAGAAACAUUUCGACAAGAAAAUAGGGAUUGCAGAAGAAAGUGUUUACUGCAGGGGACCAGGAUAGCCUAUUCUGUAGGCAGAAAAGAAGAAAAGAUCUCCACAGUCCAUUAUUUGUAAAGCAUAUUGCCAUAAGCCCUCGUGCCAAUUCUUCACUAUUACAGCUUUUAAUUAGAACACGGAAGCUUAGACAAGCUAUGUAAAGCUUCUUGUGGAGUAUUUGGCACGUAUAUUACAAAAACAAGUUCCUCCUAU